CUUCAGGGCACCAGCGCAUAUCCAGGAUCCGGGUCACUGCGGAACCUAAAAAUAUAGUCUCGCGCGAUGCGAACGACAAUUGUGACAGGCUCCUUUGAUCCUGCCACACGCACCAAAUCUACCUAAGCCUACGAAGGCACACUCCAGCCGCUUCCGGGGGAGAUCGCCAAAGCCCAAGGAAGCUGCAGAUCAAGCUACCAAGACACGCCAUAAAAUCGUGCACUGUCUGGCCGCUGGGCGCGUUGAAUCUGGCCACCGCUCAGGUUUCACUUGAAGGGGCAGUCUGGGAAUUCCAGGCUCCACUUCAUGCUGCGACUUAGAAAAACACAUGAAAAAAUCGAGGGCUGGGUCCGGCAACAACUUGUAAGCAUACGGGCUGGAGAAGAAGGUGCGAGGCGGAGGAGGGGGGAGGAGGAGGAGGAGGAGGAGGAGGGCAAGGGGCAGGAGGAGGAGAAGGAGGAGGAGGAGGAAGAGAAGGUGGAACAACUUUGGCAGAAGGUGCAAACACUGGCCUGCCUUUCUGUAACCAAGCCUAAUAUGAGGCACAUUCAAUGUGCGUCGAGGCCACAGGCGCGGUGCUGCAACAGAGCGUUAAUGAAUUCUAUAUGAACCUGGCGGUUCUAGCAACAGCAGGUUAGGAUCGUCUGGGUAACUAUUUACCAACCCUGGCCAAGCCCAUCCUAAGCCCUCCCUGUGCCUGGAGGCUUACCAUCAUCGGCUACACGCAAGAGCUUAGCUGCCCCGAUACGCAACACGCAGCACGUAUAGCGUAUUGAGACGGAGCUCAACACGUACACUGAAAACGCAGGUCUGACACGCGAUGCGCUCGCCAAGCCGUGGGCCCACACGCUGAGCCCACACGCAACGCAUGGACACGCACGGCUUGAGCACGGCACGUGCUGCGUAUCAAGACGGGCGCACCGAGGCAUCCACAACGGGAGAGUGUGCGGGCGCGCCUGCCGAGGCCCUGCCGCUGCCCCGCGCGCCGCGGGCCCCCCCUCGGGGGCCCUAGCAGGCCUCCCGCAGCCUGCUGCGCACCUCGCGCGUGAGCCACUCGAGACCUUCGGCGGUGGCCGGCUCCGCGCGUGGCAGUGGCCUCCUGGACGAACCAGGACGUGCUCCGCAGGCUGUGCAGCGCGAGGCGCUCGGCCACCUCGGAGGCGGCCAGGGCCUGCGGCGCGUCCUGCUUGUUCGCGUAGACCAGCACGGUCGCCUCCUGCAUCUGCUCCUCCCUCGAGGUUGUGCAGCUCCUCACGGGCCUCCUCCAUCCGCUCGUGGUCGGUGCUGUCCACGACGAAGAUGAUGCCGACCGCGCCCGUGGAGAAGUGGCGCCACGACCUCCGGAUCUUGGACUGGCCGCCGACGUCCCAGAUCUUCAUGUUCAGGCUCCCACGGGAGAAGGUCUCGACGUUGAAGCCUAUCGUCGGCAUCGUCGUGACCGCCUGGCCCAGCUUCAGGCUGUACAGGAUGGAUGUCUUUCCAGCAGCGUCGAGGCCCACCAUGACAAUCGACACCUCCUCGGGCACCGACACGCACACCGACGUCAGCGCGCCGCCCAUCGGAAGACAGCGGGGGCCCUCCUGUUCGGGGCUGUCGGGUCGGCGCGCCCUUUUGCAGCGCAGGGGGCACGGCAGCACAAAUCAACCUACACUAGCGCCUGAUGGCCACGGGGGGCGACAGGGAGGAAGAGAACCGUGCUGGGAG